AUGAACAUUACUACUGAUGAAUCCUCUCUUCUUGCAUUGAAAUCAAGCAUUAGCAUGAACUCUCAUCCCAUCAUAAUGGCCAACUGGUCUAAUGCUUCCUCUGUGUGUGAGUGGAAGGGAGUUACAUGUGGCCGUCGUAAUCUACGAGUGGUUGCUUUAGACAUCUCUCAAAUGGGGCUUUCUGGAACCAUUCCCCCGCAAUUUGGAAACCUCUCAUUUCUUGUUUCCUUCAAUGCGAGUGGCAAUAAUUUCAUUGGGAAUCUACCUGAUGACUUAACUCAUUUGCGUCGAUUGAGAGUCUUUGAUGUUAGUUCCAACAAUCUCACUGGAGAAAUCCCUUCACGGAUUGGGUUCUUGUCCAACCUUUUAAUAUUGAAUCUUGACCACAAUCUCUUUACCGGAUCUAUCCCUCUUUCCUUUCUGAACCUCUCAAGGCUAGAAACCAUGGACUUGAGUGUUAAUAAACUCAAUGGCUCUAUCACAUCUACAAUCUUCAAUGUUUCCACCUUGGAAAGUUUAAGAGUCAUAGAAAAUCAUUUCUCCGGUACCAUUCCUCUAGAUUUGUGUCUUCGACUUAUAAAUUUGAUAAGGCUCGACGUAACCAGUAACGUUUUAAGCGGGGAAGUGCCAAAGAGUUUAUCCAUGUGUUCCAAAGUAAGAUAUUUGGGAUUGAGUUAUAACGGCUUUGUGGGAACAAUACCACCAGAACUUGGGAACUUAACAAGUCUUAAAAUCCUUCGUCUUGGAGGUAACAACCUUGAAGGAAGAAUUCCUAAAGAAAUUGGCUGUCUGGACAACUUGGAGGUUUUAGAAAUUGAAAACAAUCACUUAACGGGCUUACUACUACCACACAUGUUUAACAUGUCUUCACUGCAAUGGUUGAACUUGAACACCAACAACAUAUCAGAUAUGGAGAGUUGA